AUGUCACCACCAAAUGAUAAUUUUAAAUCGAACAACAAAGUUACUCCAAUGAACGAAGAUGCAGUCAAGGAAUUUAAUAAACAACAAGUCGAUGGUACGCAAAUUACAAUUGCUCACGAUCCCGUUGCACCAAAUUCAGCGCUUUUGAGAAGAAGUCUUCUUAGUAGGAUAUUUAAAAAAGAAAAAAAAGAGAAUCAACCUGAAAUCAAAAAGAAACCAGCAGGACCAAAAUUGAAAACAUUUGAGAUUUAUAAAUUUGCUGAUAGACUUGAUAUACUACUUAUGGUUGUGGGUACUAUCGCAGGUUUAGCAACUGGUGCAGCAAUGCCAACAAUGAUGUGGCUAUUUCAACAUGUUGUUAAUGGUUUAAUUGCCACAGCCACAACAAAUACAACAUCCACUGAUUGUUAUACGGAUCCUCUUUCAAAUGGUGAUCCUUACUCAACAAUUCAAAGUUUAAUUAAAUGGUAUAUAACAAUCGGUGUCUCAAGUAUUGUUCUUCAUUGGAUAGCUUAUGCAUGUUGGAUGAUUGCAUCUGAACGGCACACACUUCGAAUUCGAUUUGCACUUUUUGAAAAUAUUAUGACACAAGAAAUGGGCUGGUUUGAUUGUCAAAAUGCGGGUGGAUUAUCUAGUCGUCUUGUUGGUGAUCUUGAAAAUAUUCGAGAGGGUACUGGUUUUCGUGUACCUGAUUUCAUUUGUCUUCUAGCUCGAAUAAUUAGUUUAAUAAUAUUUUCUCUUGUUACCGGUUGGAAAUUAACACUUGUGUUUCUAUCAAUUUCACCAUUGAUUGUCAUUACAUUUAAUGUUUUAAUUCGACUUAUGACUAAAUUUACUGUGUUAGAAUUAAAAGCUUAUGGUACAGCAAAUUCAAUUGUACAAGAAGUUUUAGGAGCAAUAAGAACUGUAACAGCAUUUAAUGGACAAGCUAAAGAAUUAGAACGAUAUGAACACAGUCUGACCAAAGGCAGACGUAUUGGAAUUCAAAAAGGUAUAAUGUUAGGCACAACACAAGCAUUAUCUAAUAUUUUCUUAUAUGGCGGUAUUUCAAUCAUUUUUUGGUACGGCCCAUAUCUAAUUCGAACUGACUGUCAACAUUAUUCUGCUGGUCAUUGGAUUGUUAUAUUUAUGUCAUGUUUAGCCGCAACGAAUUCAUUAGGAAACUUAACACCAAAUCUUCAAGCAUUUGCAGAAGCAUCAGGUUCUGGUGGAUAUGUAUUUGACGUAAUCAAACGUAAAUCAAAAAUCAAUAUAUUUAGUGAUGAUGGAAAAAUUCCAUCAAAAUUUACGGGAGAUAUUGAAUUUAAAAAUAUCCAUUUUACUUAUCCAUCACGACAAGAAGCGCCUAUUUUUAAUGGUUUAAAUAUGAAAAUUCCAUCUGGAAAGACUGUAGCACUUUGUGGUCCAUCUGGUUGUGGUAAAAGUACAUCAAUUCAAUUGAUUCAACGAUUUUAUGAUCCAGAACAAGGAGAAAUUUUAUUAGAUGGUCAAGAUAUACGUUCAAUUAGUUUGAAAUGGUUACGAUCAAAUAUUGGUAUUGUUUCACAAGAACCAGUUCUAUUUUUUGGUACUAUUGAAGACAAUAUUAAAUUUGGAAAACUCGAUGCAACAGAUGAAGAAGUCAUUGCUGCUGCUAAAAUGGCGAAUGCACAUGAUUUCAUUAUGCAAUUGCCUCAAAAUUAUAAAACAUCAUCAGGUGAUAAAUUAAGUGGUGGUCAAAAACAACGAGUUGCUAUCGCACGAGCUUUAAUUUCAAAUCCAAAACUUUUAUUACUUGACGAAGCAACAUCAGCUUUAGAUAAUCAAGGUGAAAGAGUAGUUCAAGAUGCAUUAGAUAAAGCUAAAGAAGGUCGAACAACUAUAGUUAUAGCUCAUCGUUUAAGUACAAUUAAGAAUGCUGAUAUUAUUGUUGGAUUAGAACAUGGAAAAGUUGCUGAAUAUGGUACACAUAAUGAAUUAAUGCAACAGAAAGGACUUUAUUAUGAAUUAGUUACUGCUCAAGGUGAAAAAGAGAAAGAAGCAGAAGUCGAUAGUGAUCAAGAUGAUGAAAAUAAAGAAGAAGUAACUAAACUAGCUGGGAAAUCAACAACGAAUAAUAUACGUCGUCAAUCAUCAAAUAUAUUAAGACGUUCAUCUAUUAUUUCAAAAAAAUCAGUUAUAUCUGAAGUUAUUAGUGAAACAGAUAAUGAUGUUGAAACCACUGCUAAUACAGAAAAACAAUAUCAAUCUCGUAUGCCAGUUUUAUUUCAAGCUCUACGAUUAAAUGCUCCUCAAUGGGUUUAUCUUUUAAUUGGUACAAUUGCUUCACUAGUUUCUGGAGCAAUUAUGCCGGCAUUCACUUUACUGUUUUCUGAUGUUUUUGGUGCAUUAGCUGAACCUGAUUUACAAAAACAAACAGAUCAAAUACGAGUUUAUACAUAUGUCAUUUUCUUAAUUGGUGUUGCUGGUGCUCUUAGUAGUUUUGCCUCAUCAGCUGCUCUAGCUAAAGCCGGAGAAGAAUUAACAAUGCGAAUGAGAAUAUUAUCUUUUAAAAGUAUGCUUCAACAAGAAAUUGGAUGGUUUGAUUUGGAUGAAAAUAAUUUGGGUGCAUUAGUUACACGACUAUCAUCAGAUGCAGCGUCACUUAAAGGAUUUACAGGACCUACACUUACUUCACUUUUCAAUGCAGUUGGAGCAUUAAUUGCAGCUCUUAUAAUCAGUUUUUCAGCUGGAUGGAAACUUACUUUAGUUAUUUUGUGUUUUACUCCAUUGUUGAUUUUUGCUGGUUCUAUUCAAGGUCAACGACUUUCUAAAGCUUCUGGACAAAAGAAAGAAGCAACAUCGAAUGCUGAAGUUGGAGGAAAACAUGCAACUCAAGCUAUUGAAAAUAUUCGUACAGUUGUAUCACUUCAUCAAGAAAAACAUUUUAUAAAAUUAUACGAAGAAGCAUUUAAUCGUGAUUUUCGAAGUCGUAUGCUUCAUGUUUUAUAUGUAUCUAUGGCUAAUUCUAUUGCAAAUUCACUAAUGUUUUUUAUUCAAGCAACAGCAUUUGGUUAUGGUAGUACACUUGUUCAAAGUGGAGAAAUGCAAUUUGAAAAUGUCUUACGAAUUUUUGCCGUUAUAACAUUUGCAUCAGUAACUCUUGGACGUAGUGCAGCUAUGGUACCAAAUUAUUCAAAAGGAAAACAAAGUGUCAAACGUAUUUUUCUAUUAAAUAGUCGUCAAUCAAAAAUUAAUCCUAAUGAUCCAUCUGGCAUUAAGCUGUCGGAAGUCACUGGACGUAUUGAAUUUCGAGAUGUUCAAUUUCGUUAUCCAGCUCGACCAAAACUUCGUAUAUUACGUCAUUUCAAUUUAAUUUGUAAUUCGGGUGAAACAACUGCUUUUGUUGGUCCAUCAGGUAGUGGCAAAUCAACAACUGUUGCAUUAAUACAAAGAUUCUAUGAUCCACAUAGUGGUACAAUUCUUAUUGAUGGACAUGAUAUAAAAACAUUAAAUAUUCAAUGGUUACGUUCACUUCUUGGUCUUGUACAACAAGAACCAGUUCUUUUUAAUCUUUCAAUUCGUGACAAUAUUAUAUAUGGUGAUAAUAGUCGACAAGUAACACAAGAUGAUAUUGAAGCAGCAGCUAGAAAAGCAAAUAUUCAUGAAUUGAUUGCAUCAUUACCGGAGGGAUAUGACACUUUGUGUGGAGCUAAAGGUGGUCAAUUAUCUGGUGGACAAAAACAGCGAAUUGCUAUUGCUCGAUCUUUGAUUCGUAAUCCAAAGAUUCUUCUUCUUGAUGAAGCAACAUCAGCAUUAGAUAAUAAAAGUGAAAAAGUUGUUCAAGAUGCCUUAGAUCAAGCACGAGCUGGUCGAUCAUGUAUAACAAUUGCACAUCGUUUAUCGACAAUUCGAGAUUCAGACAAAAUCUGUGUUGUAGAUCGUGGACAAAUUAAAGAAACUGGUCGUCAUGAACAAUUACUUCAACAACAGGGUAUUUAUUAUAAAUUAAAUAUGGCACAAGAACGACCUGACAAUUCACAAGACAAUUAA